AUGGUGCGCGGUUGUGCGAUUUUUUCUCAACUGCUACUUCUAUACGUUGUUCGUGAUACAUGGGGACUUCGGUGCUACGUUGGUGUUCUUGGUCAACCACAAUCGCGGACAGCAUUGGGAAAAAUCUGCGGUGUGAUAUUUAAUUUACCCUGCAGGGGAGUUGGGUACUAUGAUCAAUUCAAUGCUAAUGUCACCCGGUCAUUGUGUACUAAAACACCGCAUACAUUUGCAUGUUAUUGCUUUACUGAUUUGUGCAACAUGAAUAUUUCAGCAUUCCGUGAAAUUUGGAAGUCGUCACCUGAAUACACAACCAGAGGUUCAUAUCACAGAUGUUUUCGGCAGAAUUUCACAGAUAAAUUCGUCACUCAGCCUGGUGAUGAUACCGACACUGAGACCACCGUAAUUAACACAGAAGAAAGUACUUCAGAAAAAGCACAAACAACCCCUUUCGACCAUUUGAGGAAGGACAUGAAAAGGAGCGACAGGACCAAAAGUUCCUCCAACGGUGAUUUCAACUUUGACUUGUUCAUUUUCCUUAUUCUUGCCAUUGUUGCUGUAAUUCUACUGAUAGCCAUCAUUCCGGCCCUGAUCUUAUGUAUCGUAAUAAAAUCAAAACGAAGUAGAAGCAGAACUCCCAGAAACGAAGGAGGAGAAAGUCAGAAAAGCCUCAGGACCGACAGAAGUAAGAAAAGCGAAGAAAGUGCGAAGACAUCGAGCACCAAGAGCACUAACACUCGCUCGAGCACGAAAAGCCAUGGAAAUAACAGGCCAGAGAGUGCGAAUAAGAAUACAUGUAACACAAAGUCAAGGAGCAACAGAUAG